UGUUUUGCGGAAGAAGGAAAUGCAAAUAUCAAAAUAUUUUGUUUCUCUCUCCUCCACCAUUCUUUCUCUCUCUUUCGUUCUCUGUCUUUUUUUUUUCUUCAUCGCCGACAACCGCCAAUUCCCCGCAUUUCAAAGCGCUCUCUCUCUCUUAUUUGCCCACAAUACAGCGCAUUGAUUGAAUUAUUGGAGCAAAUUGUUUACAAUUUUAAGUACCAUUGGUGUUUAGCAUUUUAAUACCAUUGCUGUUUCUUCAAUCUAAGCUCGUGGGUCUUUCUGAAUUUAGGAGGUGCUGCUGAAUUAUUCACCAUUCUACACUUUGGCAAGGUUUAUGUCUGUUAUCCUUGCUUGUUGAAAUAUUGUGAUAUAGGGAAUUGUGUAUCACUGCCAAUGCUUUCAUGGACCAUAUGCAUUUGAUGCUGCUGCUAGAGAAGCUUAAUCCUGAUCCCAAACCUCGUUUGAUUAGUGGAUGUAUUAUCUGGUUGUCUGGAAUUGAAAUUUGAAUUUGAAUUUCCACCUCUGCAUAUAUUGGUCGAACCGUGAUUCCGUGAAUAAACUUCAAAUAUCAGUAGUUUCCGCUUUUGACACUAGUUUAAAAUGUCAGAAAUUGACAUGGCAGUUAGUAAACCCGAGAUUAUGCAGCCGUAUAUCUGGCUUCAGACACCAGAUGGUGCAAUACAACAAGUGGAACAGGAAAUUGCAAUGUUUUGCCCUUUUAUUUGUCAAGAAGUAAUACAAAAAGGCACGGGAUCUUCAAAGAACUGUGCAAUAUGUCUUCCUCAACGAGUCACCCCUACUAUUUUUAGCUUAAUACUUGAUUAUUGCCGAUUUCAUCAAGUAGCAGGUCGCUCAAACAAGGAGCGGAAGUCUUAUGAUGAGAAAUUCAUGCGGAUGGACACAAAGCAGUUAUGUGAGUUGACAUCUGCUGCAGACAGCCUUCAGUUGAAACCAUUGGUUGAUCUUACCAGCCGUACACUUGCUCGAAUAAUUGAAGGAAAAUCCCCUGAGGAAAUACGCGGCAUAUUUAAUUUGCCAGAUGAUCUUACGGAGGAAGAGAAAUUGGAGCCCUUGAAAAACACAACUGCUGAUCCGAGGAUCAGGCUUUUGAACCGCUUGUAUGCUAAGAAAAGGAAAGAGCUGAAGGAGCGUGAGAGGCUAAAGAAUGUUGAAGUUGAAGAAGAGAAUGUGGAUGAUCGGUCAGUCGAUGACCUUUUGUCUUUUAUUAAUGGAAAUGAUGCAGAUCCAAAGGAGAUGAAAAAUUCUAAGAAUAAAAAGAAAAACCGAAGAAGAAAAGAGCAACAGACGAGCUCUUCUUUGAAGGAAGCUUCUGAACUGAACAAUAAGGAGAUAAAUGGUCAUAAUAUCAUACCCCAAACUGAUGGAGCUAAUGGAGUUUCCGAGGCCUCUCAGUCUAAUACAGAAGACAGCACUUUUGUUCCUAGAGAGUUUGAUGAUGGAGAUAUAGAUGAGGACAUCGAUCCUGCAUUACAGGAAAAACUUGACAGUUUCCAUAGAAGGGGAGCCUCGGAACAACGAUUGAGUUGUCUCCGUGUGACCUCAAGGUCACAGGUUCAAGCCGUGGAAUCAGCCACUGAUGUAAUUAUUAGGGAAGUGGAAGAUUUCGCCCGCAUAUUAAAUUCUGACUGGCCAGAGAGGAUGCAGGAACUGUUGUCUUUGGGGCAAGAAAGAAAAGCAAUGCCUUUUACAUCCAAUGGAAACAGUUUUUUAAGAUGAAAUGCUUAGGACUUGACCUCAUGAUACUGUCACACAAACAAGAAGGAAUCAGUGGAAAAUGGAUCCUUACAAGCCCCCGCACAAAUGGCCUGUGGCUUGAACAAUUUUGAGAGGUGCUGACAAGCCUUAGGAAAGUGCUGCAUGUCAGUUAUUUAUUUGUUUUUCUAAUUCACUGUUGAAUUUUAUUCAUUAUUGGUUCUUGGCCCCAGGCACAAUUUGAUGCUGGAGGCUGCCUCUUGUGCCAAUAGAAAAUAAAUAGUAGGAUGGGCUUGUAUGUAAUAAUGUUGUAUCUUUGUGCAUUGAUUGCUUGAGUUUUGAAAGAAGUUUCUUACUCUCGUC